UGGAGGACGGGCUCGUUCCACGGGAAUGUUACUGAUCGGGCAUCCGGAGUCGCACUGACAGAAGGGAACAAUCAUGAACAAGCGGUUGAGCGCAUCCUUCCCUGGCUCGGAAGACGAGCUCGCUCCCCAGGGGCAUGACGUUGCUGAUCGGGCAACCAGAGUCAGACUGGCAGGAGGGGACACCACAUGCAUCGCACGGUUUGAGACUUGAGUUCGUCGUCAUUCAGGCGCGUCGACAGCUCGUUCUAGUCGCGCGUUCGCGUCUUGGAGUUGCGAUACUUCUCGGAGCGUCGCUGGUACUUCAUAAAGGAAAGUUUCGGCGGGUGCCUGCGGCGGCGCUUCAUGAAGCCCUUGGUCUUUUCAAGCACCAAGACCGACGGCCCGAGUUCUUCUUGUCCCCCUUUGCGUCGCUAACGCUCUCCUCGGUGUCCAAAAGGUCAGCCUUCUUUUUUCCUUCGCUCUCUGCUCAGCCGUCUUCGACUUCUCACGAGCCCGCCGGACCGGAGUUGCCGAGAGCGGUUCCUGGUCCCAUGAGUUUGAGGAGGCACGGCGAGGAUCGCACCUUGUGCGGAAGCUGAUGAUUGGGGAGAGGGAGUCGUCUAGAGCGUGUGCUGUCAGCCAUAGAGUCGCCGAACGUGGAUGUGGUUGAUGCAGUACCUGUUGCUGCGGGUUGCCGCGAGGAGGAGAGUCGGUGGCGGAGGCGACCACCAAACAUCUUUCUCAACAACUCCGCCUGCGAUCGGCCUUGCCCCCCGCU